CAGUGAAGGAAACUGUCAAUUUGUCAGCUAUAGCUAGAGGUGUUUUAACCACAAAAUGCAUAUUCAUUCAAAUCACAUAAUUUAAGGAAAAAGGUCAAAGAACAUCACCUAACUGCACCUCUGCUGUUAUUUUAUAAUUUAGUAUAUUAGAGGUGAAACAAUCAAUGGUCAAUAAAAAAUUAAUCCACAAACAUGCUGAUUCCAAAGAGAGGGCUGGUUGCUUUUCCCUGCUUUGCAUCACAGAGACAUUUUUAAUUUUGGUUCGUGGGCUACUUUGUUCAGGCAAAACUAAUAACAUUAAGACUCCACUCUGGGGAAACUGGCUAUUUUAUGACCUUUUAUAGACUAAACAACUAAUAAAGUAAUUGAAAAAGUAGUUGAUACUUCAAUCAGUAAUGAAAAUAGUUCAUGAAAACAUACCAGACCUAUUGCGUGAUAAUUAGAAGGACAGAAAAGAAAAACCAUCAAUUAACUUUUCUCCAAAAUGUUGUAUAUUUUCACUUCUCCAGGCUUCUAAUCUUCUUCACAGAAACAAGAGAAGAAGAACUAUCUUGGGCAGACCUCCUCACAACACUUCGGUUAGACAAUUUGCCUCUUUGUAUGGGCUCCACUGCUGCCAGACCGACCCAACAGAAAGCCCGAGGCCCACAGGACACUGGGACACAUGAACACGCCCAUAUGGCUUUCUAGCUUUCUAUGGACUACAGCUGGAGCUGCUUUUAAAGGGGAAGACAUAGUAUUUAUUACAGGGGGAAGCACAGCAGUCCACUGGGUCUACAACGAUAAAAAAAGGGUGGCGACAGAUCACAACGUAGACAACACCACGACCAUCCUGAGAGACUGGCUCAUCAAGGUGCAGAAUUACUAUCACUAUGUAGAGUGGAGACCUGACGAUAAAUCCAGUGCCUACGAAGACGAGCUGGGGCCUAAGCAUUGGAAUAAUCUCCGCUACGAACAUGUAAUGAAGCUCCGUCAGGCAGCGCUGGACAUUGCGCGUGAGAUCUGGGCCGACUACCUCCUGGUUGCUGACUGUGACAACCUGCUCACCAAUCAGGAUGUGUUGUGGAAGCUGAUGAGGGAGAACAAGACCAUCGUAGCGCCGAUGCUGGAGUCCAGAGCUGCAUACUCCAACUUCUGGUGCGGUAUGACUUCACAGGGUUACUACAAGCGUACACCAGCCUACAUGCCCAUCCGUAAGCAGGAACGUCGUGGCUGUUUCGCUGUGCCAAUGGUUCACUCAACCUACUUGGUGGACCUACGGAAACAGGCCUCCCGUCAGCUGGCAUUUUAUCCACCACACCCAGAGUACAGCUGGGCCCUGGACGAUGUCAUCGUCUUUGCCUACUCAGCUCGCAUGGCAGAUGUGCAGAUGUAUGUUUGCAACAAAGAAACUUACGGGUAUUUCCCAGUGCCAAUGCGCUCCCACGCUUCCUUGCAGGACGAGGCAGAGAGCUUCUUGCAUACCCAUCUUGAGGUCAUGGUCAAAAAUCCUCCGUUGGAGCCAUCCACUUUCCUGUCUGUUCCUCCCAGGCAGUCCAACAAGAUGGGCUUUGAUGAGGUGUUUAUGAUAAAUCUGGUGCGGAGAGCUGACCGUCGUGAACGAAUGCUAAGAUCUCUGUACGAGCAGCAGUUCAGCUGUAAGGUUGUUGCUGCUGUGGAUGGCAAAGCUCUGAACAAGUCUGAUAUAGAGUCUAUGGGGAUUAAGAUGCUGCCAGGCUACAAAGACCCCUAUCAUGGUCGACCUCUCACCAAGGGCGAGCUGGGUUGUUUCCUCUCUCAUUACAACAUCUGGAAGGAGAUCAUAGACCGUGGUCUGCAGACCUCCCUGGUCAUCGAGGAUGACCUCCGCUUCGAGGUGUUCUUCAAGCGUCGUCUGCAGACGCUGCUGCAGGAGGUGACAGCAGAGAAGCUGGACUGGGAUCUCAUUUACAUCGGACGGAAGCGCAUGCAGGUGGACCAUCCAGAGAAGGCUGUACCCAACAUCCACAAUCUGGUGGAGGCCGAUUACUCUUACUGGACGCUGGGCUACAUGUUGUCAUUACAAGGAGCUCAGAAGCUCAUCAAGGCCGAGCCUCUGAGCAAGAUGCUUCCUGUUGAUGAGUUCCUCCCUGUCAUGUACAACAAACAUCCAGUUUCAGAGUACAUGGACCACUUUGAGCAUAGGGACCUGCGUGCAUUUUCUGCUGAGCCUCUUCUGGUGUAUCCAACCCAUUACACUGGAGACACAGGCUACAUCAGUGACACGGAAACAUCUGUGGUCUGGGACAACGAGACGGUCAAGACAGACUGGGACCGAGCCAAGUCGAGAAAAACUCAGGAGCAGGAGGAGCUAAGCUUCGAGGCCCAGAACUCUGAUGUACUGCAGUCUGAGCUGGAGAACUGGAGCGUACGGGAUGAGCUGUGAUGAAGAAGAGAGGAGGUGAGGAGGAGGGAGAGAGGCCUCUGGCAUACAGAGAUAAGGAUGAGGGAGAUAGAACAAAGCUGUGAUAGUAGAGGGAGGCAAUAUAACAGAAAGCAGUAGAAGAGGCAGGAAAGGCAGAGGACACAGGAACAAAUGCUUUGCUUUGAACAUUUGUUUCCACUGCUGGAAACAGAACUGAUGAAGCCUCUCGGAUGAGAGGUGAAACGUCUUCAACCUAGAAAUC